ACUGUCUUGGCUACUAUGUGCAAAGGUUUAGAUAAAGAAACCUAUUUAAAGAUGACUGGGCGUGGCAGUGAGUGCUUGUUAGGCUGGGAAGAAGUCCUGCUGUGUCCCAUAUGGUUGAGUAUUUGAAUGUCAGUGGUCCCUGACAUGAGGGGAGAUUGAGAUAGAUUUUUAGUGCUGUGUGAAAAGAAAGAAAAUAGAGGUAAAGUACUGUAAAGCAGCCUCUGGCCAGGAGGAGUGCUUGGAUAGUGGCUAUUGUAUUAUGCCCCCCUGUCCUUUUCUCUCCCUGCCUAGCAAAGGCUCUUCAUAUUUUUGUUACCUGUCACACCUAAAAAUCAGAAAAAACUUCACAAAUUAAAUGAGGAAUGAAAGCACUUAACUAAAACUCUGCAUGUGUUUUGCCCCCUGCUUACUCCAUAAAUUCAGAAUAUGCUCUUCACCAUUGUUUGCAGGUGGCGAGGACAAUUGGUCAAUAAGUUUGUUUUGUUAACAUCUCUGCAUGUUAAAAAGGAAACUGAAUAUCAAAUAAUCAGUCUGAGUUUUCAGGAAGCUAUGACAUUGUGUGGGCGUUAGGUGCCAUGGAAACAUCUUUUGAUAGUGCAGUUGAGUGAGCUUUUGCCAUAUGACUCUGUAGCAGCAAGUGUUUACCAUAAGGAAUCUAUGUCUACCAUCACUCGGUUUCUACCUUUAGUAGAAAUCUGUGACAUUCGAGACUAAAGUUAGAAAUAGUAAAUUAACUAUCAUCACUCUCCACGUGAACAUUCUGAAUGGCUGUGGUUAAGUUUGCAUGAAUGAACAGAAGCAAUGUCUUCUGAGUGGGACAUCUGAAAAUGCAGAGCACACCAAUGCAGGUCUAACAUGGGAACAAGUGCCUCUCUUUUGGUUUGUCAAUCGCUGUCUUCAGUUAAAAUUAAGCAAGGCACAAAUAAAGUGGCACCAGAUUUCCAGCUCACCAAGAGAAGAAACAAGUUUGGUGUUCCCCUUGAGAUUCUUGCGCAAGAGGCAACACAAUGCCAAGUUCCUUUUGUUGUGACACAAAUGGUGGAAUACCUAGAAAUGUUUGGCCUGGAUCACGUAGGUCUAUUUCGAAUCGGUGGCUCAGUGAAUAAAAUCAAAGCACUGAAGCAGAAGUAUGAUCAAGGUGAGAAGGUGGACCUCAUUAAUGAUGGUGACAUUGAUUCUGUUGCAAGCAUCCUUAAACUUUUCCUCAAGGAGCUUCCAGUGGCUGUUUUCCCAGACAACUUACAGGCUAACCUUCUUAAAACCUUUGAAGAUAAUAAGAACCACAUGGCUGAGUGUACACGAUAUCUGAAAAGGUUAUUAAGCAGCCUGCCUAAGGCCCAUUACAGCCUUUUCCAGUUCCUCUCUACCUUUCUGUUGAAGGUGGCAUCACACAGUGAAAUGAAUCACAUGACCCUGGAAAACCUUGCCAUUGUAUUUGGGCCCACCCUUUUCCAAAUUCCUUUCAGUCCUUUGGCUCAUGAAAAACAAAUGCUUUGUAAUGCACUCCUGCUGUAUUUGCUCCAGAACUAUGAGAUGCUAUUUACAGACUCUGACAGCCAUUUGUCACGCACACAAGGAGACAACACUGAGAAAAACAACCGAGAGGACGCAGAAAGAACCAGUUACAAGUUAAGCAUUCAGGAUCAUUCCUUCAACAAUACAGCAUUAGCAGAGUGUGAAGAGGAUACAGAGUCUGUACAUGAAGACCAAGCAGCAAACUCCAUCCACAGAGAUGAAAACAACAAAGAAAACUAUCCCAACAAUACUACAGUCUUAGAGGACAGCCAGCCAGCGUUACAAGACACCCAGCAGCACGUGGAACAGACAGCCCAUGACUGCACACUACGGGUUGGAAUGGGCAACUUAAAAUUAAGAAAGCCCAAAACCAUUGCAAAACUAGAAAAUGGGAAAAACCAUGAAGAAAGUCAGGAGAAGGAGAAUGUAUUGCCAGGAUUCUCAGAAUGUCAGGGGAAAACAGGAAUGUCUGCUAAUGACUACACCCAGAACGUGGCUUUCAGAUGCCAGGAAACAGUCGUAAACCUUCAACCAAGAAUAGAUCAGUGCGCAUUUCUUUCACCAAAGGAACCUACUGAACAACUGCAGAAUUUAAAUGAGAAUUCUGUGUUAAAGCUACAAGCCCUUGAAUCUGACUUGUGCUCUGCAUUUUUGCCAACCCAGGAAGAAACUCCUCAGCUACAGGCUUUCAGGGAUCCUCCAGCCCCUUCUUCAAUUCAAUCCAGUGUGCAAGCUGAUGGGGCCAGUUGUGGAGAGCCUGUACCAGCCCAUAGAGACUGGCAGAGUGAUGCAGACAACGGCCCAGAAGAUCAUCGCUCCUUAGGGACCAGUAGACUACUAUAUCAUAUUACUGAUGGAGAUAAUCCCCUUCUGUCACCACGCUGCUCAAUCUUUAGUCAAAGCCAGAGAUUUAAUUUAGACACAGAAUCGGCCCCUUCCCCACCAAGUGCUCAACCUUUCAUGAUGCCAAGAAGUUCUUCCAGGUGUAAUUGUGAGGACUGCAAAGAACCGCAGACAGUAAUGCAACUUACCAAACAUCUUCAAAGUCUGAAGAGAAAAAUCAGGAAGUUUGAAGAAAAGUUUGAAGAAGAAAAAAAAUAUCGGCCUUCACAUGGUGACAAAACUUCCAAUCCUGAAGUCCUGAAAUGGAUGAAUGACUUGGCUAAAGGUCGUAAACAGCUCAAAGAGCUUAAACUCAAAAUGUCAGAAGAGCAAAAUUGUACCCCUAAAGCACCCAAAAGAAUUGUGCAGCAGGAGAGCACUGGAAUAUAUAAGGAGACCAGGAAGCAAGAAGCAGCAAGUACUGAACCAAGUCCAUCCGUCGAAGAAACCAUGGAUAUCGUAAUGAAGCGAUUAAAGGAGAAAAGACAACAGCUUAACCUCCCUGAGACUAUAAAGGAUAUGACAAAAAAGCAAAUGGCUUUGGAAAAAAUCAGUCUUCAGAAAUGUCUGCUAUAUUUUGAGAGUAUUCAUGGACGACCUGUAACUAAACAAGAGAGGAGUCUUAUGAAGCCUCUUUAUGACAGAUACAGAAUUAUCAAGCAACUUCUCUCGACACCAUCUUUGAUUACAACAAUUGAGGAAGAAGAUUCAGAUGAAGACCGUUCUCAAAGCAGCCAUGAAUUAUCAUCCAGUCCGGCAUCUAACAUUCCUGUAGAUGACUAUCUUUGUUGCUCAGAUGAGGAGAAUGAGCCUGCAAUUGUUUCACCUCUGGAUGAAAAAAAGGCAAUCAAACAACCAGCCCUGUCUCUGUCCAAUUUACAUGAGGCCACAAUGCCUGUGCUUCUUGAACAUCUCAGAGAAACAAGAGCUGACAAGAAAAGGCUUCGCAAAGCUCUGAGAGAAUUUGAGGAACAGUUCUUUAAACAAACAGGAAGGAGUCCGCAAAAGGAAGAUCGCAUACCUAUGGCUGAAGAGUACUCUGAAUACAAGCACACGAAAGCCAAACUCAGGCUCUUAGAGGUUCUCAUCACUAAGCAUGAUGUCUCUAAAGCAAUUUGAAGUCAAUGAAAUACAUAGCUAGUGUUUGCUAGCAAAAACCAAAACAAACAAAUAAUUUUACAGGUCUGGGUCUUUCUGCACAGUUAUUAGAUACACUGAGAAUCUGAUGCACUUUAAUAAUCUUGUUAACUGAGACUAGGAGAGGAUGGCAAUGUGUGUAAGAGUAUGUAAACGGGAGGGAGUGAACUAUAUUUUUCCUUUUGGAAUAGCCUUAAUGUGCACUAUGAUAAUGUUAGAAGUUAAGGGACACUGUAAAGUUGUUUCGGCCCUUAAUCUUAAAAUUUAUAAACCAUUAGGGCAUGCCCUCCAGAUUCUAAAAAUAAUCAAAAAUCCACCACUCUGUCUCACUCAAAAGCAGUAUAAUCCACUAUUUCUGUAGGCAAAACAACUUAGAACAUCAUAUGUUAACUAAAAACCUGUAGACCAAAUUCUACCCUUAGAUACAUAGGUGCAAUUCCCAUUGGCUUCAAAGAGAGGUGCAUAUACAUGGACAAAAUUGGGCCCUGAAUUCUUGGAGUCAAGUAAAUUGAGGCUGCUGGAGAAAAAGAAAGUGGUAAAAUAACUGCCAAAUGCAAUCACAGUUUUUGCAAAUGAGAAAACAUCUAUUUGGCAAAGCAACAAGGACUCAGUGGUUCGGGAAGGAAUGCUUGUUUCAGGUUUGCCAAAGGGAGUAUAAGACAAUGUAAAGGCACUAGGUGCUGGCCUGUUAAAUAUGGUUGGCAGUACUUUUAUAGUACCCUAAACAAAAUUCAGUAAAAUAAAUUGAUCAUACAAUUGAUUUUUAGUUCUGUAUUAAACUUAGCACUUUAUUUUGCCUGAUGCUAUAAAAUUUUGCUUUUCUGACUACCAAAGCUUGUUUGGAAGCAUGCACUUUGUAAAAUGUUAAAGUAUUUCCUGUGUUAGAUAUCUAUAUUAAAAUAAUGAGGAGAAUAGUUUAUUGUAUUCUGACAAGAUAUUUUGGAUAGAUAAAUGUAUGCAGUAUAUAAUUGAAAGUCAUGGUUGUGAGAUGAGGAACUCUGGCUGCCUUGCUUCCUAAAAAUAAGACUACACAAAUAUUUUUCUGUUGGAAUUAUACAUCCUUCAGCACACCCCACUUUGUAAUGUAAAGGGAUUUUCCUCACUCUUGUGACAGAUCAUUUCUGAGUAAAGUGCAAUAUUUCACAGAAGGAUUGUCAGCAUUUUGUAUUUUUCAUUACAAAUCAAAGACAGAUAAUGGGAAAAUGUCUAUACCAAACAUGAAGGAAGAGCUUGAAAGGGAAAUUGUUGCAUCAUGUUUAGUGUUUUGUUUAAAUUGCCAUUUUGUAUUAACUGCAUAUAAGCCACCUGUUUUGCUAUCUUAAGGAAAUGUUCAUUUUCUGAAGUCUAUUAUAUACCAACCACGUUUGUAUUUAAUGUUUCAGCAUGAUUUUAAGUAGUACACAUUUUCAAAUGGUUUGGAGGAAAAAGUGUGACCACUACACAAUGUGGAUUUUUUUUUUUUAUUUCUAUGAGGUUUGCUGUUUCACUGUAUUGACUUGACAAUUUAUAACUUUUAUGAAUCAGAAUGAUCUCCUUUCUAAAUCUGUUUAAUUAAAGUAAUCUAAGAGCAACAGGAACAGAUACACAACUAUUUGAAGUUUACAAACUACAUCUUUGAUAAGGGAAAAUGGUUUCAUGACAUAUGUAUACAAUUGCUAUUAAAAUGUACUCUAUAUAUUCUAUAUGAUUGUAUAAUAUUUUAUACAACAGUACAAAUAAAAUAUUUUUCUAUUAUA